AUCACAUAACUAUUGAACGGUUUAUGAGAUUAUAGUUUUUUUCUCCUUAAAAACGUGAGGAGAAUAACUCAUAAACAAAUAGAUUCAAAUCGAAUAGUAGAAUCUAGUAAAGAAUCAUAGUUAAUUUAUGAUUCACAAAACUACCUUUAUAGUUUAUGCAACGAAAAUAAGAAUAAGAAUAUAGAGAAUCAAGUAUAACGAAAUCCACAUGCUCAUUUACUUUAUCUUUGAAUUCGCAACCAUAGCUUCCAAAUAAUUAAAAGGAAAAGAUAGCGUAUCUUUAGAUUUAAUAUUCCAUUCCCCGUUGUAAUAAUAAAAAAAAAAUAACGGUAAACGCACUUUCAAGAGACGAUUUUCAAAACAUUUAAAUACCACCCAAGCGCCCUCAUUCUUAACGACUUUACCCAUCACAACCCGCCAUUUUUUCCGGCGACCAGAAUGGCAACGGCAAGGCCAGAGACCUCCGGACUCCGGGUUCCCUUCACUCCCAAUGUUGAAAAAAGAGAUGAAAACGAAGCCUACAUUCUUCGCCUCCAACUUCCUGAAUUCAAGAGGCAGCAAGUUACGGUUAGGGUUGAAGAAGGGAAACGAAUGAUGAAGGUCACCGGAGAACGGCUGGCGGGGGACAAUCGAUGGUUCCGAUUUGAUGAAACUUUCCCAAUUCCUGAAAUUUGCGUAAUCAACAAAAUUUCUGUUCAAUUAAAGAAGGGAGUUCUCUUCAUUAGAAUGAUCAAACAAACCAACGGACCGGUGCCGGCGCCUCCGCGGCCCAAACAAAACGAGCAAUUAACCCUAGAAAAGGGGAGAGAAGAAAUCUCGGCACUGGAUCAGAAAAUUAGUAGCCCAGAGAAGGAAAUUGAAAACAAAAAAGUAGAAAAGAUGAAGGAUUCGAAGACAGAGGAUGUGGGUAAGAUUAAAAACGAAGAAACCGCGAAGAUCGGCACCGGGACUCCAUAUCCGAGAACGACAAGUGUUGGAAGGAUGUCGGUACCGGCAAUGGUAAGUCUAGCGGCGGCAGUUGUGAUAGCCGUGGCGGCAUAUUUCAUAUAUCUUUUCUUAGUUCAAGAAGUAACGAAGCUAAGUGGAAAAUUAUUUAAAUUAACAAAAUGAUCGAAAAUAAUUACAAAUACACAUUUGAUAAUAAACAAGUUAGUUCAUUCUUGCUA